AUGUCACGCCAUUCACCACCCAAUCAGCAGAAGCACAGGUUUCUGCGCUUAUUUCGUUUCUCGAACAGUGCCGCGCAGUCUAGCCAGCACGGUGGGCCCUUGACAGGCGGUAGUCAUCACCUCCACGAGCACGGCUUCCGCUGGCUUCAUCAUCACCAUCGCGGGUCGCCAGAGGCAUCAGCCGCCAACACCGCCACCUCGAAAGCUCCCAACCUACUUCCGCCCCAGUUUCCAGGCUUCCAGCAGCACCAAACAGGGCAUUUUGAUAACUCGUCGGAAUCGAGUAUGGGGAACGUUCACCAGGUAGACACCUUUCUUGCUUCUUCUGCCUCUUCUAUUUCAAUUGGUGGUUGA